GACAAUGAACAACUGUUGUCAAUUGCAUUUUUACUUUUAUUCCUCAUUUUUUUUUAAUUUUUAUGGGUAAAUAACUAUGCAAAAGUUAUUUUGCUAUCUUGCCAUCUCAAAUCAACUUGUUAAAUUAGAUACGGCCACGUAAGCGAAUGAAGAAAACAUCGUAUGGAAUAUACUAAGCGAUUGCUACCCAUCCUCUUCAGCGAAAUGAGUCUGCACGUCGUCAACUUCAGGAAUCCCUUGCCGGUGUUGAAGUCCGUGUUCAUGUUAUGUCGCAUCGUUUUCUUUGUACGGCACUUCAUAGUCGGCGUCUACUGACUGCAAUAUGGGUUUUGAGACUAUCGAUUUAAAUUCACAAUAAGCUACCAAUUUUUCUCCUCUCCCGUGGCUCUGUAACGGGAUCCUGUGGGAUUUCCUUUUGAAGACGUGUCGACAUGUCGUAGUUUUACCAAGAACACGAUGGGCUAUAGUUUAGAAAUGUACCAUUAAUUCCGCACAGCACACAGCUGCCUUCGCAGCGCACAACGAACGAACGAAAAAUGACGAUUAGAAUGUUAGACAUCGUUGUACUGUCGGCGCGAUGCUGACCUUUAUCGCAACGCCUAAGCACUCUUUCUUGGCGGGUUUUUUUUUCUUUACUACACCUUUCAAAAGGUUAUCACAUAUGUCUCCUAUUUGGCCCAGCGGCAUCGUCUCGGCAGAUUAAACGAUAUUCUUGACAGCGUUCCAUGAAGGCAGCAUAGUUUGUAUCUGGAAUAGAAAGCAGAGGAUGUUUUGGUUUCCCACACAAGUGACUGAGUGAGUGAAUAUUGCGGAGUGCCCGACCAAUACGUGUAGACCACUGUGACGCUCGCAUUGAGACAGCAGUACAUUUCUCUUAUGGAAUCGACCUGGACAGCAGAGAGAGAGACAGACAUAUAGCUGAUUCCUGACAAGGAAACGGGCAACGAAAGAUGCAGAGCAUUGCAGUCGGCUUCGCAGGUGAUAACUAAGCAUGAUGACUCGUGGCAUGACAGAACGACGGAAACAAAAAACCGAUACUGACGGCCGAUACAGUGACUCUGAAAGCUUAAAAUGGAACAUCGUCAGCCUGCUUCACUGGGUCGUUGGAGUAUCAAGCUUUGCCUACGCCGUUUGGAGUUUCACCAUCGACGACAAAAACCGCCUACUUCCUCAAAAGAUGCGGGGCGCCUUCAGACCUAGUGCGUAUGGAUUUCGGAGGAAGCAGGACGUGACAAACUUCGGAUGGCAAGUCGAGCUCUCGUUCGUCGUAGCGUCCUGGAAGUGGCUUCUGCUGCACCCUAUCCUAGCUAGGGCGACUGCUUACGCUGCGCCAUCGAUACUGCCAGUAUUUUACGCUGGCUACUCGGCGCUAUUUGUGGCCUCGCUGCUAGGGGCUGAGGUGGCGAUGGUCUUCCUGGGCCAACAUGCCCUGUUCUUUGCCGUAGCCAGGCUACGUUCAACAGCACUCUGCUAUGGAGCUGGACUGCUGCUCUUACUGCUGAAAUUUACCGUGCCCCUAGAUUUCUCGCAGCAACUUUACUUCCGAUACGGUGCCAUGGGUUACGCGGUGACAAUGGCUUGCUUCCAAUGGAACCUACUGCGGGGCCUCAGCUUCAGCCUGGACUACGUACGCGCGCAUAGGCUGGCCCCGAAGCAAAGCGACGCCGGGCCGCCGUACUGGAGGACGCUGGCCUACUCGUUCUACCUUCCUCCGCUCUAUCUCGGACCAAUGCAGAACUACUGUGACUUCGAAACGCAGGUGGACAAACCAAGAACGAAGUGCACGCCGGCGGAAGUAAUGGCAAUCCUGGGAACGUUGGCUCGGAGUGGAGUCCAUUUCGUCCUUGUGGAGUCCUUCACCCACUACUUCUACAGUUCGGCGAUGUCGAAACUUCUCUGGACCGUCGCGAAUCUGCGCACAACCAGCCUUCUGGGAUACGGCUUGGCUCUCAACUUGUUCUUCUACCUGCGCUACGUGUUCUGCUACGGCUUCGCUGGUGCCCUGGCGCGCGCCGAGGGAAUUGUGCUCCCGCCGCACUCCAAGUGCAUCACUAGGCUAACUCGGUGCUCGCACUUUUGGAGAUACUUCGACCGUGGCAUGCACCUCUGGAUCAAAAGAUAUGUCUACGAUCCCCUGGUUGGCGAUAGAAGAGGGGCAACCUGGCUAUUACUGGGCGCGGCGUUUGGGUUCAGCUUCAGCUGGCUUUGGCAUGGCAUGGACAGGCUGGCAACUGUGUGGUCCAUUCUCAGUGUGCUCGGCAUUGCAACGGAAGUGUUUGCUGCUGAAGCCCGGAAACUGCGGCCGAUCAGGGACUUUGAGGCGCGACACCUAACCACACCUGAGCGGCUUCGGGUGGCAGGGUCUGUUCUCGGCUCUCCAAACUACCUGCUGACCAUAUUUGCCUGCAUCUUCCACCUUGCCGACUUCGACAUCUGCCUCAUCCUGUGUAAGAGGAUACUUCUCGGUUUCCCGUUCCCUCUUGUUCCUGUGCUGGUCGUGCUCUACACAGCGUGUUACAUGCAGCACGACAUUGUCAAGUGGGAGACGUCUGCAAGAUUAGGGCGAAAAAAAGAAGCUUCAUCUUGACAACUGAUAGCACCACAAUAUUGUGCCAGAAAUAAAGCAAUAAUAUUAGAUUAAUAAACUGAACUUCUGCUCAUUUAAGUUGUUUCUGCUA